UUUCCCCAUAAAUGAGAAGGCGCGACUCUCCCCUCCACAACAUCCUUCUCCUGUGACAACUGCGCGUCUGAUAUUUACCUGCCAGCCAUGGACCCCAAAUGUAACUGCGAGAAUGGUGGCUCUUGCACCUGUUCAGGCUCCUGCAAAUGCAGGUCGUGCCAGUGCACCUCCUCCAAGAAAAGCUGCUGCUCCUGUUGCCCAGCAGGAUGUGCCAAGUGUGCUCAGGGCUGUGUCUGCAAAGCCCCCCAGACUAAGAGUUGUAGCUGUUACCAUUGACGUUCCCACAUCCCUUUGCCUGUAAAUAGAAGAAUUUGUACGGACCUAAAUUUUAUUUUCAUACGCCAUGGAUGUCUUCUAAUGUUUUUCUAUGAAAUGUAUGAAUUAAAAUAAACUUGAUAAAUACCUUUA